GUGUUUGAUGUCUAUACACAUAGUCAUUGUAUAAAUAUAUUGUAAAAAUCAAUAUGAGCGCGUCGCCGGGAAGAUGUUUGAUCCUGUAUGUAUUGGCGGGAUCGUUACUAAGCGGGGCUCACGGGAAGUGGGUCGAGGGGCAUGUUGAUACUAAAGAAAAUUGGGCAUUCCUAUCUCGCUUUUGUUUCCUAUCAUUGGAGGGACAAUUUGAAUAUUUAAUAGAGUUCGAGCGAGACAUGGGCAUGCCGAACUUGCUGCUUUACUACGAUGAUGAGAGUCAAUGGCCAUCUGUUUAUCACAGCAGUAUGUCGUGUAAGGAACGAGAAGCAGUGCUAAAUAAGAACGGACAAAAUCAAAUAAUUAAAUUAUCUCACUGGUAUCCUGAUACGGAAUAUUCUGGAUGUAUAGUUUCAAGAGCUAACAAGGAACUGCCGGCGUCGAAAAGUUCGACAACUACAAAACCUACGACAAAAAAGAAUAUUCAAACAACUAAAAGUCACAAACUCGAGCCUCCUUUGAACACUUCGUACUACGAUCAAUUUCUGAAAGCGACCACACCUAACCCUAAGACCACCACAGUUGAUAUAAAUUCAUCAACUUGGUUUGAAUUGGUACCAACUGGCGCAAUUAAUCUAUCGACAGUAUGGCCUGAAGACGAAUGGGAAACUAUUAAUCCUAAUGAAAAUGAUAGUCCUUCCGAAAAUUUAGAAGAUGUUGAGAUAUUAUUCGACAACACCAAUAGUAGUGGGCGUAAAAUAAAGCGUUCAACUAUGGAAUUAUACGAGCGGUAUAAACGUAGGCGACUGAGCUCCGUGGGCGAGGGCGGGGCGAGCACGGGCAGAGAGCGCCUUGUCGUCUCCUGCCACAAUUCUAGAAGAUUCCGCUCAGCGAGGGAACGCUGGUGGUUCAUUGCGAUCAGUAACUGCAAUAGCCCUAAGGGGUUGGAUGUGAGAUACAAGUUUUUGAUGACUAAUGGACCAGAUGGAGACUUUUGGCAUAAACAUUUCUCGGCCGACGAGUUCUAUGUCCUGCCUAUCCUAAUAGCGUAUACAUUCGCGUACGUGCUGCUGAUGGUGGCGGUAGUGAUGUGCAGCGUGGAGUUGCGCUCCCGCCACCUGCUGCACUCCACUUACAAGCUGUUCCUACUGUCAGUGGUGAGCCAGCAUACUGGUGUGUUAGUGCAGACUCUGGCUGCUAUCAGAUAUGCAGUCAGUGGUGUGGUAUAUAUGACUGCCAGGACUGCGGGUCAAUUCCUAUGUGGCGUCUCUGAGAUGACAUUCCUUUUGCUGCUGGUGUUGAUGGCAAAAGGUUACACAAUCACACGCGGCCGGCUCAAGGUCGGCUUCACAGUCAAGCUGACUGUCUUCAUGUGCUGCUACAUCGUCACUUAUAUCGUACUCUUUGUAUAUCAGGCUAAGAUGUUCGACCCUGGUGAGGUGCUGUACUUGUACGAAAGCCCUGCGGGGUACGGGCUGAUAGUGCUGCGUGUGGCUGCUUGGGCCGCAUUCGCAUAUGCUACGUUCUUCACCAUCAGGAAAUAUCCCGAUAAAAACACAUUCUACUGCCCUUUCUUUAUUUGUGGUACGUUAUGGUUUUAUGCGGGGCCUUUAUUUAUAUUGACUGCGAAUUCAUACAUAGAUAAGUGGGUGCGGGAAAGCGUAGUAAUAGCUGUAUUACUGUUUAUAACAUUUACUGGACAUAUCAUGUUUUUGCUAUUGACGCUGCCAGUAUUUGCAAAUAAAAAUUUCCCCUAUCAUGUUAGAACAACGCAGAUAGGAAUUAUGGAGGUAACCGGAAACUCGUCUCUGGAUGGAUUUGGUGCCAAUGCCUACCAUCCUUCUAACGGAGUACCACAGACUGUUAUUAUACCGCUCACAAGACGUACAGAAGAACUUAUAGGUAAUAUGUACAGUCAAUACAUGGCGUCAGCACCGCCAUUGUCUUUAGAAAAUGAGACACCAAAACUAAACGGAUAUUUGAAAAGAACCGAUUCGAAAAGAUUACAAAAUAGUCUCACACCACAAGAUAGCACAGAAACUAAUACAUCUGACGAUAUAACGCCGCAAAUGGUUAAAGAUAAUGAUAAAAUAUUCACAGUUGAAAAUCAAAUGGCGAAAAUCGGCUCCUUAACGCGGGAAGAAACAUCUUUAAAAGAAAACUCUUUAACCAGAGACAAUCAAUCCAUGAAUAUGUCAAAAACUUACACAGAUAAUAUAAUCAAAAGCACCUCACUAGAUGGCGUUGAAAAGCAAGUACUAAAUAUCGAUAUUGCAACUCGAAAUGAUUUACCCAAUGUACUAAGACCAAGAAGAAAUAUAUUGGAACCGAUAAAGAAGGAAGAUGUGCCUUCUUGGUCUUUAGCUAAAGGGCCUUGUGUAGUUGCAAUGCAACGGAAAACAAACAGUGUUGAUAAUGAAGAGCACCCAGAGUCCCCUAGCGGCAGCUUACUGCUUACAAACGGUAAGAAAGUACCGCCCGUUAGGAAUGGCCUGCGACAAACGUCCGGAGAGAUAUCUACAAUACAUGAAGGACAUAUACAAAGCUAUCAGAAUUCUGUCAGCAAAGCAACGCUGGAUCUAUUUAAUGCUAGUAAAUAAGACUUGAUAAGUACAAAUAUUAACAUUAAGAGUAAAUUAACGCUCUGUGUACACGAAAACAUAACACUUUUGAACUACGUUGUUUCUUUUUUCAAACAUAAUAAGAGGAAUGGCAACAUUGUUGUUAAAAGAUAACGACAGUGUAAACUUAACGAAAGUACGAUAAUCUAUACAACGUCGGAAUUCAUUAAAGUAUUGGAAUAAUCUUUUUGCACAGUAAAGUUUUUGUGUCACGUUAUUGUGUAUGUAUUGUAUUCGUAAAUUUUCUGUCUCUACUGUUUGACUGUAAUUGUCUUAUUUAUUUUUUAAGGAUAAUUGUAAAUGUACAUGUUUGUAUUUUGUGUAAUAGACUUUAAAGUAAAUUAUUUAAAAUGACUUGCGUGUUUUAGUGUAGUUAAUAACUAGUAUAAGUUAAGUCUGUUUUAUAAUUUUAAUGAGGCGUUUAGUCUAAGUAAAAUUUGUGUAUUAAAACAUGAUCUCAAUUUCAUUGCC